AUGUCGAUAAAGCUCUUCUGCCUUGAAAAAGGAAAGACUCCUGCCGUCCAGCACGCCUUUCCAGUUAAUAUCAGUAGGGAUGAGACUGUUGGCGACCUCAAGGAUGCAAUAAAGGCGAAAAAGGCACCAUAUUUCAACGACUUUCCUGCUGACCAUCUCAAACUAUGGUUUGCAAACAUCCCUGCUGAUCAAGACGACCAGAUUAAUUCACUUCCCUGGCCAAACAGCAUCCAGUUAUUACCAAUAAAAAAGGUCAGCUACUAUUUUUCCAACGACAAUGAGCCUCUUGAUGAGCAUAUCCAUGUGAUCAUUGAGGUUCCUGCUGUUCCCAUUGCCACCGUAAAGGUUUUGACUGGAUCCCCGGAUGAAUUAUAUGUUAUUGUCGAUGACUCUAAUAUUUAUAUCGAGGGAAAGUUCGCUGUCGCCGAAAUGGAGUGCAUCGGCGUUGUUGAUGGCAAAAGAAAAUGUUUAUACUUUAAUCAGCUUCGGUUGGAUUAUGGACGGCUUCUCAAAAUAAUUCAAAAGGAACGUACCAUAGGUGAAAAUCCAAUUGUUGUGGGUUCUAUUCCCCCAACUGAUUCACUGUGGGAAAUGAUUCGAAAUGAUGGCUUUACAGUAAAGACGUACCCUCGAAAUGCCGAUAACCGUGAGAAAAGGGUGGAUAUGAGAAUUGGACAAUAUAUAAACGGAAUCUUCCGUGAUAAGGUGCCUGGCGUGUUGGCGCUGGUCGCUGGUGAUGGUGACUUCCAACCCGUAAUACAGGAUGCCGUUCAGUUAGGGUGGAUGGUCGAGAUAUACUUUUGGAACUCUGCCAACUCACUUGAGCUAUUGUGCGAUGAAAAUACCCCCCCAUUAGGAGUCUCAGGUUUAUUGCUUGACCUUGAGCUGGGAUCUAAAAAACCCAAAACGAAGGAGCCGGUUUUCCAUUCUCUCGAUCCUUUUUAUAAAACCUUCUCAUAUGGGUACGGAUUUCUGCAUAAUACAAAAAUCCACAAGCACGGAAAGCCAAAAAACAUGGAGGUCCUUCAUUUCACCAGCCAUGACUUUUCCCUUUGGAAAAAUGACAAGAUAGUGAUUUUUGAUAAAGGUAUGUUCGUUUGGUGGUUCAAAGAAGAAGAUAAUUUGUGGAUGUAUUUUAAAAAUCAGCAGGAUUUGGGAAAAGCAAGGGAUUUGAUGCUCAAGACCUAUCCGGAGAUUAUGGAAACCAGAUUUGAGGAGUUAGAAAAGAAAAAUAAAACAGAUACCAGUAAUCUCAUUGCUGAGAAUAUUGAACUUAGAGACAGGGUUACAAAAUUGGAACAGAAGCAGACACAAAAUGAUACUGUACACGUAUUAGAAGAUUCUAUUCUCCACGAAGCAUCAUCUGAUAUUUCUUCCAAUAUUCAUACAUACUCGUCCGAGCCUAAAUCGUCGGAAAAUAAAGAGAUUGAUGAGUUUCUAGAUUUUAAAAGUAAGGAAAGAGUUACUAGCGAGAUAAAACAAUGCAAUAGGGAAAAGAAGCUUCAAUGUGAAUCAGCUGAAGACCAAUCCCAGAAUUUAGUUUCAGAUACUUCUAUAUCUCCUGAGCAAAAUCAUGUAAGGGGAAAAGAAAAAUGCCAAGAAAUUUCCAUCAUGAAACAUGACGAUCGGCAAAAAAACUUAUCGAAUCCUAAUAUAGAAACCAAAGAAAAUUUAUCACAGGAAAGCGAGUGUCCAAAUCAUAACAUUUAUAUGUCUGAGGAGCCUGAUGAAAUUGAGCCCACUAAAAGUCAGUGUAUAGAGCGAGAAUUAAUAAAACAAUUGCGAAGUGAUAGAGAUAUUAUCCCACCGGCUUCCUCUGAGAUUUACAGAGCAUCAAUCAUCCCAAAUUACAACACAAAGCUUGAUCUGUUUAUUCCAAAACGCAAUACGAGCUAG